GUUGUUGAUCGAUAGAGGGAGAGUCACAUUUUGAUGAAUGUGUUGCAGGAAUAACCGAAGAAGCCAAGAGGGCUAAUAUAAAUACACAUUUCAAACUUUCAGGGGCCUUCAGGUGGAACAUACCUCAGCCAUCGUUAAUCAGCAAUCUUCCAUGACAACAAAAUAUGAAACGCUUUGUUUUCGGCUCCUCUGAUCAGUGGGCGGCUUACAAAGCUUGGUAUAUCGUAAAUAACUCAAUGCUUUGUGAUGUAGGCUGGCGAAACAUUGCAACAGGAUCUGUUCCUGUUCUACACAGUUCUAUUUCAAAACAGUUUAGCAGUUAUUCUACGGAACAUCUAAAAAUCAACGAGACGAAGUCAAGGACAAAAAUAAUAAUCCAGUGAAGACAUAAUAUAGAUGUUUACGUGGAAGAAAUAUAUGGAAGAAAAACGAUGACAGAACACAACAAGAAUCCACAGGUCAAUCAAAGGAGAUUUUUGCUGCCAGAUAAGGAUACAUUCGAGUAUGUCUUUAAAAGAUCAAAAUUUGGAGUUUUACGAGCAGCACAGUUUAUAUUCACUUUGGUUUCCUGGAUAUUGGUUGCGCAUUUUACAAACAACGCAAGUGAUGUAGAUUCAAACAUGAUUGCAUUCGUCCUUUUUGCAGAGGUUUUUUCAUGGUUAUAUUCUAUAGUUGCCCUCGUAAUCUCCUUGUUAGUCAUGACGAGGAGGCUAGACGACUUGAGUCGAAGAACAACGAUCAUAUGCUGCUCUUUGAUGUGUUCAGUUUUUUGUGUCGUUACGUCAUCGUUGCUGGCCGACUAUGUCGACAGGCUAGGGAAUGAUGCUUCAUUUUGUAGUAAAGUGAGCAGUGCAUCGUGCGAACAACUCAAGGCCGCUGUGGUGCUUGGGUAUCUUUCAGCUGCUUGCUUCAUCUUGGACGGGGGCUAUGAACUAUACAUACUCAACGAAAUCGAGCAAAGUACGGUUCCAACAGUAGAAAUCUUUAAAGACCAAGAUACCACACAUUCUCGGGAAAGUGAGAGAAGAGGAACCGUCUUAUAAUUGGAAGAUUUUUACAAGUUGAUGUCAUUGCAUCGAAAUCAAGGCCAGGGUACGUGGUUUGGAAGCAAAAUGAAGAAUCGUUGUCGCCGAAGCUCCGAAUUGAACUUAAGAAUGUAUAAGUUCUCCCCUAUUCAGGAUUGCUUGAAAAUAUGAUUUGUCAGUGUAAAUAUUGCCUAAUCAUAUUUUCAUACAAGUUUAUUUAUGUUUCAAGUAAACAAACCUAAUAUUUCUUAUCAUCAAUGCUGUUUGAUAGACCGUUUACAAGAAACAAUCGAUACAAUGACGGCGAAGUCAACAAAAAAGAAAAAAGAACAAUUCUGCGUCAAAACAACGUUCGGAUUGCAUGAUUUCCUUGCAGUGCAUUUUAUACAAUGUAAUUUUAUAUCUUCCUAUUUUAUAACAAAACCAAAUCUAAUAAACAAAACACACUCAAUACAAAGCAAUUUUUUAUAAGUUACUAUUUAGUUCAAAUGAAAGCCUUUCUCUUUGGUA